AUGGACCCAAAAGGUCUGACCAUGAACGCCUUUGGCGCCAACGGUUGGUCAUCAAUCGAUCCCAGCUUGAACGUCAAGCUGCAACAACAACAACAACAACAACAACAACAACACCACGCAAUUCCGCACCACCAGUACUCAAUACGAAGAAAGAAAAGAGGCAGCUUCCUAACGAACCUAGUUUGA